UAUAAGCUCAUACGCAAUGCCAAGUCUCUCACUAUUAACCACAAGUCAUUCUUUUCUACCUGACAACCACAUGCCUAAUCCUCUUCUGUUAGAAGUGCAGUUUCCGCAUACUUACCUUCGAUUCUUAACUCCAGUUUUGAGUAUAUCUGUUCUGUUUGAGGAUGGUGUUGAUCGCCUACUAUGGACCGGUGUGUGAGCAAUCCAACUGCAGCUGAGUUCCUUCUUCAAGUUCUUCUCACCCAUUGCCUUUCUUACAUGGAGUUGCUUCUCUCCAUAUCCCAAAUACAGCAAGCAAAUCAAACAUUGUCACAUUACUGGUUGUGUCCAUUGGUUUCCGCUACAAGCUUCCCAAGCUCAAGGUUCUUGUGGAUCGAUCCAACCACUCAAGUUCUAAAAAGUUUUUCCAGAUCACUGCAUCGGUAUUGUCUGUCUUAAUACUCAUAGAAAAUCCAAAAUCUUCCUGCCUUACAAAUUUGGUUUUCAAAAUCAACUAUAGAAGGUCAUUUGAAACAUCGACAAUAGAAGAUGUACUCAUUUUGAAAAACAUUGUCAAACAAAAAUCAUACUCGACCCUCAAAACAACGAACACAUUUUCACUUUAACUUUGUGUGCAACCAUACAUAAAACUUUAAAGUGGCUCAUAGAUGAUUAAGCUAAAAAAAGAUGUUUAAUAGAUUUUUGAAAUACUAAAAACAUACUCCUUAUAAAAUAGAAUUAAAUUUUAUGACAAUACAUAAACUGUUUGCUAUAAUUCUUUUAAGAAUUCCGUCCUUUUUUUCACAUUUAUUGAAACCAAACCCUUAUAAUUUGCGAUCUAUAUCAACUGCACUACUUAAUACUUAUUAACGGUCCGUUCCUUCAUGGGUUUUGGGCCGUAAUCGUAAGGAGAUUUGGAGUGAACCCAUAAAUCUUUGUUUCUUUCACAAAGUUCCGAAGCUUUUUUCAGCCUUAGCCAUGGCUUCUCCGGUCUGAUUUUCACAUUCGCUUCAGCUGUAUGCGUUUUGGCUGUUGUUAUAUAUAUUCGAUCAGCAACAAGAUGGAAAAGUUCUUCUCAGUGCAGCAAAUCCACACUCACUGCGAAUCUUCCCACUCAAUCAAGCUUGUUUCAGGGCCUCCUUCCUGUGGAAAAACCUCCUUGCUUUUUCAGUUCGCUUUUAAUUUGGGUCUGGAGGGCAAUGUUACCUUCAUCUGCAACCGCCGCAAAUUAGAAAACAAACCUCCAUAUCUUUCUCAGGGAGUUGAUCCAACAUCCGAGACCUUUCAGCGUAUACAAAUGAAGUAUUUGGAGGACGACGAUGGAAUUAAGAAGUACUUCUCUGCGUUUCACUUACAUAGUACACUUCCUGUGGCGGUUGUUAUUGAUGAUUUUGGGGAUUUUUUCGAGGAAAGGCGAUGUCAAGAAAAGUAUGCUAAUCCUCGCGGAAGAGAUUUAGCAAUGGUUAGAACAUUAGCUCUUUGUCAAAAUGCCGUGAGUCUAGCAAAUCAAUGUAGGCCUUGCCAGCUUGUGUUGUCCGAUACACACCAUGGAGAGUCCCCAAGGUUGAUUUUCAUAUAUAAGAGAUGGGUUCCAACCAUUUUCACCAUAAGAGGUGAUGGGGCUGGUUGGUUCAUCCUGAGAAGUAUUAACAAUUGUGGAAUCGAUUGUUGUUUGAGGACUAAAAGAGCAAAGUAUUCGAUUGCUCUUCAGUUUCUGAGUUUGGAGGAAAUUUCUGAAGACAGUAGGGAACAGUGAAUAUCUUGGCAGCUUCAGCAAUUCAUUUGUAAGUAUGUCUAUUAAUCUAUUCUUUUUAAAACUUCUGUGAUAUUUUACUGUUGACAUAUUAGUAUUUGUUGUUAUAGAACAAUCUUCUGAUAUCAGUUUCUCUAUUGUCUAAUCUUAGUUCUGUAUAAGAUAACUUUUUUGAUGGGUGAUUCAUUGUUGUCUGUAUAUUAUAAAUCAAUCAAGCUUUUGAUA